AUGGAAGAUGGUAGUGAAGGUCUGGAUACACUUGCUAUAUCAAGUAAACCUCUACAAGUUAGGAGCUUUUUAAUUAAAGAAGAGAUUAACAAGGUGUCAAAAUUGAAGUAUAAAAUAGGUGCCCACAAGAUUGAGAACCAAGUAGAUGGCAUUUACAAUGUCCCUAUUGAGAUCUCAAAAAAAGGCUUUUCUCAUUGGGAAAAUGCUUUGGUUGGAUACUUCAUUGAUAAAAGAUUCUCUUUCCAUUAUGUGAAAACUUGGGCGGAGAAACUUUGGGGAAAUUUGCUUGAGGACGUUGUCUCCAUUGACAAUGGUUUUUUUAUUUUUAAAGUAAAAAGUGAAGAGGCUAUGGACACAAUCUUGGAAGAUGGCCCCUAUUAUGUUGGGGCUAGAUUGAUUGUUAUUAAAAAAUGGCAACCUGGACUAAAACUAACAAAGUGUGAAUUUUCAAGUGUGCCAUUGUGGGUGAAGUUGUACAAUGUUCCUUUGAAACUUUGGAGUGAAGAGGGUUUGGGUUACAUAGCUAGCAUCUUGGGAACUCCUCUUUAUUUGGAUGAGCCAACUUUCAAGAGAAGCAGACUUACGCUUGCGAGAAUUUUUAUUGAAGUGCCAGCAAAUAAAGAGAUCCCUAAGUCUUUCAAAAUAAAUCUUGGUUAUGGUGACCCAUAUGAGAUUCAAGUUGAGGUACCAUGGAAGCCCCAAAGGUGUGAUGGUUGUAAGACUUUUGGCCAUACAACUAAUUUGUGCCCUCAAAAGCCAAAGUCUUUGAACCCUCCCUCCUUCAAACAUGAGUGGAGAGUCAAGGACACUAAAACACAAAUUCCGACUAAAUGGGAAGUGGUGAAGAAAAAAGGGAGAGAUGGUGGGCAAGGAAAUGGAGAUUCAAGUCAAGAGUUGAGAAAUAGAGGGAGUCCAUCUCCAAGUGAUCCUAGUUAUGGGGAGACUUCAAAAGAGGAUAACAGAAGAAAACUUAAAGCAAAACUUCAUGACUUGAAGAAUGCUAGAAGGAAAUUCUGA